AGGCUGGUCUGGAACUCCUGACCUCAGCCUCCCAAAGUGCUGGGAUUACAGGUGUGAGCCACCGUGCCUGGCUGGGAGGUCAUUUUAAGGAGGGCUGCCCAACUGCAAGGGCGCUGUAAGCAGGAAGUGAAACCACAGCGCUUCAGAAAAAAGAGCGGGACUGGGACAAGCAUAUCUAAGAGGCUGAACAUGAAUCCACAGAUCAGAAAUCUGAUGGAGCGGAUGGAUCCAACCACAUUCGACUACAACUUUGAAAAUGAACCCAUCCUCUAUGGUCGGAGCUACACCUGGCUGUGCUACGAAGUGAAAAUAAAGAAGUACCCCUCAAAGCUCCUUUGGGACACAGGGGUCUUUCAAGGCCAGGUGUAUUUCCAGCCGCAGUACCACGCAGAAAUGUGCUUCCUCUCUCGGUUCUGUGGCAACCAGCUGCCUGCUUACAAGCGCUUCCAGAUCACCUGGUUUGUAUCCUGGAACCCCUGCCCGGACUGUGUGGCGAAGGUGACCGAAUUCCUAGCUGAGCACCCCAAUGUCACCCUGACCAUCUCCGCCGCCCGCCUCUACUACUACUGGGAAAAAGAUUAGCGCAGGGCGCUCCGCAGGCUGCAUCAGGCAGGGGCUCGCGUGAAGAUCAUGGACUAUGAAGAAUUUGCAUACUGCUGGGAAAACUUUGUGUACAAUGAAGGUCAGUCAUUCAUGCCUUGGGACAAAUUCGAUGACAAUUAUGCAUUCCUGCACCGCAAGCUAAAGGAGAUUCUCAGAAACCCAAUGGAGGCAACGUAUCCACACAUAUUCUACUUCCACUUUAAAAACCUACGGAAAGCCUAUGGUCGGAACGAAAGCUGGCUGUGCUUCACCAUGGAAAUUAUAAAGCAGCGCUCAACUGUCUCCUGGAAGAGGGGCGUCUUCCGAAACCAGGUCCAUCCUGAGAGCCGUUGUCAUGCAGAAAGGUGCUUCCUCUCCUGGUUCUGCGAGGACAUACUGUCUCCUAACACAGACUACCAGGUCACCUGGUACACAUCUUGGAGCCCUUGCCUAGAUUGUGCAGGGGAGGUGGCCGAGUUCCUGGCCAGGCACAGUAAUGUGAAGCUCGCCAUCUUUGCUGCCCGCCUCUACUACUUCUGGGAUACACAUUACCAGCAGGGGCUCCGCAGCCUGAGUGAGAAAGGGGCCUCCGUGGAGAUCAUGGGCUACGAAGAUUUUAAAUAUUGUUGGGAAAACUUUGUGUACAAUGGUGAUGAGCCGUUCAAGCCUUGGAAGGGACUAAAAUACAACUUUCUAUUCCUGGACAGCAAGCUGCAGGAGAUUCUCGAGUGA